AUGUCGCAAGAACAGUCGAAGAGCGUCUCGGGCGUUCUCAGUGAUGCUGGUCUCUCUAAGGCUUUAAGCAUACUUAACAAGUACACAAAUCAGAACAAGGCUUCGGUACAGGACAGUAGCCAGUACUCCAGCGUACAACAGUCCGACCAAAGAUCUCCUGGCCUUGCCGAUGAGACGACUUCUGAUGCUCUCGACACUACAUAUAUUCCCCAAGUGACGGAAACGGAGAGCCGUGUGACGACGGGAAUCCAGGGCUCGACAACUACAGGCACCACUAGCUCUGACCCAAUGACAAAGCGCAGCGAAAAUCUAAAGCCAAGGCCGAAUAGAAACUCCACUGAUGUGAUAGAAUCUGUAGAGGUAUCCACGACACCCACGCAAGAGACCACGCCAUCUGAAGGGGAAAGGAACUCACCACGCCUGGAAAUCACAGAGACUGCAACUACUUCGGGUACCGACCAGUCGAAGAAAAAAAAAGGGUCUCUACAGGAUACACGAUUACCGCUUAAAAAGAAGGACGUUAGAUCAGAACAAUUCGAGGUACCACAAAGCUCGGAGCUGAAAAGCGAAACGGAGCAAGGCAGAAGCUCAUCUAAACAUGGAGGUGAAACUGACGGGACAGUCACUUCUUUGGCCGUGCCAAGCAGGCGUAAAGAGAACCCAAGGUAUGGAAAGAGCUCAUCUCCAAAAAGACCUCCAAUUAUUAACCCACCUCCAUGGCUUAAGCCAGUCAUUGCGAGCAACAGGGAGGAAACUGAUUCGCGCUCUGUGAAAAUGCACAUAAGACCGAUGAGCGCGGGCCCAGAUCCGUCUCGGGACCUGGAUAACGCAAGCCCCAUCACAAAAGAGAUAUGCAGCCGCUACGAGGAGCACUAUUGCUUUUUCGUAUAUUUCCCUCCAUCAGAGGUGAGAGUUGGUGGUUUGAUCGCUUAA